AUGAUGAUGAUGAUGAUGAUGAUGAUGCUGAUGAUGAUUCGGAUGAUGAUGAUGAUUCGGAUGAUGAUGAUGAUGAUGAUGAUGAUGAUGAUGAUGAUUCGGAUGAUGAUGAUUCGGAUGAUGAUUGAUGAUUCGGAUGAUGAUGAUUCGUGACGAAUAUAUGAUGAUGAUGAUGAUGAUGAUGAUGAUGAUGAUGAUGAUGAUUCGGAUGAUGAUGAUGAGGAUGAUGAUGAUGAUGAUGAUGAUGAUGAUGAUGAUGAUUCGGAUGAUGACGAUGAUUAUGAUGAUGAUGAUGAUGAUGAUUCGGAUGAUGAUGAUGAUGAUGAUGAUGAUGAUGAUGAUGAUGAUGAUGAUGAUGAUGAUGAUGAUGAUGUUGAUUUGGAUGACGAAGAUGAUUAGGAUGAUGAUGAUGAUGAUGAUGAUGAUGAUGAUGAUGAUGAUGAUGAUGAUGAUGAUUCGGAUGAUGAUUUGA